AUGGAUAAUGAAAGAUUAUUUAAAUAUAUAUUAAAUAAUAUUGUUCUUAGAAAUUUUAUAUUUUUCCAAGUUAAAUUAAUCGAUAAACAACUAAAUGGAAUAAAUUGUAUAAAUUGGUAUGGAAUUUCUAAAUCUCUUAGAAACUCUAUUUAUCAUGGAUAUAGAGAGCAAAUAGAGAUAUUGGUUGUCGAGAAUAACAUUAGCAGCUUUUCCAUUAAAGAGUUGGAAGCUGCUGUAGAUUCAAGGAGUAUCGAUAUGUUUAAUUACAUUUUGAAAUCCAAUCUCUACCAAUUUCAUGGCGAUGAACUGCAUUUGGCUGUCAGGAUGAAGAGUCUCCAGCAUGUCGAUUAUAUAUUGGAGAAUUGUCAUGUUGCACUCGAUUACUAUUCUGCGAUGGCGCUGGCAUCGAGAUUGGGAUAUCGUGAACUCAUUCUCUAUUUCAUACAGAUGAGGAAGCGAGCACUACGAUCACCUGGAAUCCAUUGUUCUAAAUCCGAGGAUUCUCUUAAUCCCAUUGACCAUGCUUCCUACUUUGGUGAUAAAAGUAUCGUACAGCUGCUACUGGAUAAUGGAUUCACGAUUACUGGACAUGCCAUUGAAGAAGCGAUCAAGGGUGGUCAUUUAGCGUUGCUGAGAUUCUACUUGGAGGAUCAACAUAAAUCUUGUACCAAAGAUAGCUUUACGAUUGCCGCCAAAGUUUCAAAGAUGGCAAUGUGGUAUGCCGCAAUCAAUGGACACCUCGAUAUUUUGAUUUGGCUGCACAACAAUCGAAACGAUGGAUGUUGUAUAACAACGCUGGACGAUGCUUGUCGAUAUGGCCAUACAGAGUGUGUUAAAUGGCUUCAUCAGAACCGAACCGAUCUCGUCGUUAUCGAUGCGAUGAUCAAUGCAGUAAAGAAUGGGCAUCUCGACAUUGUCAAAUACCUACAUUACAAUUGCACUCAGUUCAGUACAUCAAAGUUGUUUGUAGAUUACGCCGCCAAGAAUGGCCACCUCGAGGUAGUGAAAUGGUUGUUAGAGAAUAGAAGUGAAGGAUGUACACAGAAUGCUCUUGAUCUUGCUGCACAGAACGGUCACCUGGAAAUCAUAAAGUUUUUACACUAUAAUAGAUUGGAAGGUUGCACACAGAACGCAAUGGACCUCGCUGCAAUCAACAAUCAUUUUGAAACGGUAAAGUGGUUGCACGAGAACAGAACAGAAGGAUGCUCACCAACUAUAACUGUAAACGUAUCACGAAAAGGUAAUCUAGAGAUACUUAAAUUCCUGUUUGAGAACUAUAAAGAUGUAAGAAACAACCUAAUUGAUCGUGUUAAAAAUAAACAAAAUAAAAAUUUCCUUUGUCUAUUUACUUACGUAAAAGAGACGGAAUGUAAAUCUAGAGUUUCUGCUGUUAAAAAUAAUUUGAAUGUAACUACUUCUUGUGAAGUAUUUCCCCAACCAGCGGAUAUUUAUGUUCAGAGAUAUCAUGAUAUUCGAGCUUCUUCUAAAAUGAGCAUGGGAUGUAGAACGUUGACUGUUACCGCGUUGAAAAAUAGUUGUAUAUGUAUUUGUGUACUCUAUAUAAUUAAAGGUGCAACAGAUGAAGUUAAUGAGGAAAUAAAGUCACCUAACAUUACACUAAUAAAUACCAGUAGAUCACAUCAUACAACAAAAAAGAAUAUUAAGCUAUUUGAAAAAAAAAAAAAAGAUAUGUCUAAAUUUGUUUGUAUAGCAACAACAAUGGUAGUUUGUUAUUGUAUUUAUGUUGUCUCAGAAAUGAUAGAAUGUAAUUCUAUGAUUCCUGAUAUUGCUAAUGAAUUGACAGAAAUUACAUCAUGUGAUGCAUUUUCUAGUCAAGAGGAUCUAAAAAUGUAUAGACAAAGAAUACUUAAUAUAUCUCAUUCUCAAGAUAUGUUCAUAAAGUCAACAAAUAAGAAACAGAUCAUGAAUCAAGCAUGUUCAGAGAAUUAUUUUUUAAAACACAUUAAUAUAACCAUAAUUUUCAAGGCCCUUAUCGAUUAUCGUUCAAUAACCAGAAGUACAAUCGUUUAUCAACAACAUAUUCACCUCCAACAACACGAUCAACCACAUUAA